GUUUUGUUGAUGCUUAAAUUCUUAAUUGCUACAGCCAACUAACCUAACUUGAUCCAACCUGCAAGGUACUGAAGGAAGCGAAGGUUCAAUUACAUCAUACUGCACUGCUGCGAGGUACAGUAACUAACGACUUGCACCUGCACUUAUGUAAUACACGAUAACUCUCUUCGCCGCGUUAGUCAAAAGUCUCUACCACAUACAAUACUCCUAUUACACCAAUCAAAAGCAACUCUAUCAAAAGCAACUCUUUCAAAAGCGACUCUUUCAAAACCACAACAAACAUAGUACCGCCAUGGGGGACUCGGCGGCGCACCGCAAGAUCGAGCUCCAAGCUCACGAGGACCUGGCGUAUCUACUAGCCAACGUGCGACGCGCUGCCGCCGCGCGGAUCGACGAGGCGUUCCCGCCCGUCGACGGAGCAGACGCGGGAGUUCGCGGCGGAGAGGGCGACGAGCUACGGACGAGGAUUGAGGAACUGGUCAAUCAGUACAUCACCAAUACCUUCACCCUCGCAGUCCCCAACCUCUCCAUCAAUGGGCUGCCCGUAGACGCCGCCCACUUCCUCUCCAAUGGCGGCCACCCUACCUCGCACCCCCUGAAACCAGAAGAAGUCUACGAGCCCUUCGACGCGCGCAAGCGCGCCCGCGUCGAGGACCUCACCCGCGAAGAGGAGGACCUGCUCCGGGACAUCGCGGCCCUCAAGAAGAGCGUCCCGCAGUCCGCCGCCGCAGCCUGGGCCGAAGCCGCGCGCCGCUCCGUCGCCGACGACGAGGCCGCACUAGCCGCUGCUAACGAACGCGCCAAAGCCUCAGCCUUGGCUUCCUCGUCGUCUGCCGAUGGUCAGGGCCAGUGUGAGGGCGAAGGGGUGGGCGGCGACAACCACAAAAAGGACCUCCUCCUCCUUGGCCAUCUGGGCGAGGGUCUCGAGCGCCAGGACGAGGUCGAGGGCAGCUACGACGACGCGGUGAGGGUCCUCGCUCGCCUGAAGCGCGAGAUGCCGUCGAUUGUGGCGAAGAUGGAGAGGGCGAGGAACGCGGGGGAGUAUGUGGUUACGGAACGGUGAAAAAGGGCGGCCGCGAUGGCAGCAGCUAUAGCAACGCUAUAAUAGGAGGGGGGGGGUUUCGAAAAAGAAAUCAAUCAACCGCAAAAUGCUGGGGAUAGUAAAAAGGGGGUGAUGUGCUGUUUUGCUGUAUACAUAGUAUCGAGGUCGUGCACGAGGUCAUGGGAGAAGAAUAUUGCCAUAUACCUACCUACCUACAUAGGUGCUAAAUGACCGGCGAUACGAUGGAUGGAUGGAUGCUACGAGGUUGAAAAGGAACGGGUGGUUUUUGUUGCGUCGGGGAGGCGGUUAUGCAAGUCACCGACCCCCAUUAGCAGGCCAGAGCUGUCGUAUACCUACUACCUAAGGCUGUCUUGUCUGAACAAGUAGAGAAAAUAGCAAGUCUAUAACUAUUGCC